AUGGUGGUCUUAUACGACGAGUCCGAUCCUCAUAUUCCAAUUGACGCUUACCCUAUGCGAAGGACUAGCGCGAGAUUGAAGAAACAGGGGACGAGCGAGAAAUCGAAUCACACUCUGAAAAGGAAAGCAGAUUCACCAGCGUCCGUCAGCAAAAUGGUUGGUACGGGUAAGAAGAAAACGACCCAGAAGCUUCGUGAGUUCAUUGGGGAUAGCAAGGCACCAGAAGUCACCGAUGGCUGUGAUGCGGCGGCCGAUGUUCAGAAGACUGUUCAUGAGUCACCGGAGGUGCUGGCCGAUGAGAAGCUUCCUGAGUUCAUUGGGGAUAGCAAGGCACCGGAAAUGCUAGCGGAUGGCUGUGAUGGUGCGGCCGAUGUUCAGAAGGCUGUUCAUGAGUCACUGGAGGUGCUGGCCGUUGGCUGUGAUGGUGUCGCCGCUGUUCCGAAGAAUGUUCAUGCCGAGGUGAUAGAUACUCUUCGUGCUUUCAACAAGCACUACCUCCAUUUUAUUCAGGAAGAAGAGAACCGAUGCGCGAGGCUGGAAGCUGAUAAGAAGGUCACAACAAAGGACACAAAAUCAAAGAAAGUGUCUUCAUCUGAAGACUAUAAAAAGCCUUCCAAGCGACCUGAUUUGAAAGCUAUAACGGAGAUGAUGAAGACUGGCGCUACUUUGUAUCCCGAUAAGAGAUUUGGCUCCAUUCCAGGUAUUGAUGUUGGUCAUCAAUUCUUUUCACGGGCUGAAAUGGUUGUUGUUGGAUUUCACCAACAUUGGCUCAAUGGAAUUGAUUAUAUCGGGAAAACUGCUGCUUCUGGGAGAAAGUCACGUAAAUCAUUGGAUCUGAGGCAGUACAUGCUCCCACUUGCUAUAUCCAUUGUGUUGUCCGGACAAUAUGAAGAUGACUUAGACAACUGCGAGGAAAUUGUGUACACCGGGCAAGGUGGAAACAAUUUGCUUGGGGAUAAACGCCAAAUCAGUGAUCAGAAGCUUGAAAGAGGCAAUUUGGGGUUGAAGAAUUGUAUGGAACAGUCUGUGCCUGUUAGGGUGGUUCGUGGACACAAGUGUUCGAACAGCUACGUGGGCAAGGUUUAUACAUAUGAUGGCUUAUACAAGGUUGUUAAUUAUUGGGCAGAAAAGGGAGUCUCUGGUUUUACAGUUUACAAGUAUCGACUAAAGCGGCUUGAGGGACAGCCACCUUUGACGACGAAGGAGGUAGUGUAUUUUACUAGAGGCCGUAUUCCCAAGUCCUUGUCCGAAAUUAGAGGACUCGUGUCUGAAGAUAUUACGGGGGGACUAGAGGAUAUUCCAAUCCUUGUCACUAAUCUGGUUGACGAGCCUCCAAUUUCACCAUUAGGUUUUGUUUACAUCACGAACAUGAAGUACAGCCCGAAUAUAAGUGUUCCCACGAUUGCUCCUGUGGGAUGCGAUUGCAAAGGCAGCUGCACGGAUGCCAGGAGGUGUGCUUGCGCGAAACUUAAUGGUGGAGAUUUUCCUUAUGUGCACCGUGAUGGUGGAAGGUUGGUUGAGCCUAAAGCAGUGGUGUUUGAGUGCGGACCAAAAUGUGGAUGUGGGCCUAGUUGUGUCAAUCGGACCAGCCAACAUGGGCCUAGGUUUCGAUUUGAGGUUUUUAAGACUCCGAAAAAGGGUUGGGGUGUCAGAUCAUGGGAUUAUAUUCCCUCUGGUGCUCCUAUAUGUGAAUACAUAGGCCUCCUCAAGCGCACUGCAGAUUUGGACCCUUCAGCAGAUAACAGCUAUGUCUUUGACAUAGAUUGCAUCCAGACCAUGAAGGGUCUGGAUGGACGAGAGGUCCGGCUUGCUGAUGUGUCAUUGCCAUCUCACUUGCUAAAGUUUAAUGAAGAGGCAUCCGAGAAUGUUCCAUUUUGUAUUGAUGCCGGCAAAACGGGCAAUUUCGCUCGGUUCAUAAACCACAGCUGCCAACCUAACCUAUUUGUCCAAUGCAUGCUCUCGAGUCACCACGAUCUAAAGCAAGCCCGGAUUAUGCUGAUUGCAGCCGAUAACAUACCGCCACUGAAGGAGCUAACAUAUGACUAUGGCUAUGCCUUGGACAGCGUCAUGGGGCCAGAUGGCAAGAUACAAAAGUUAGCAUGUUUUUGUGGUGCAGAAGGGUGCCGAAAGCGGCUGUUUUAG